AUGAGAGACAUUAAAGAUAAACAACUCUACAUUUGGGAAACUUUGGAAAAUCUUGUAAAAUUAUAUUUGGCUCAGGAGGAUGAUGAUUCGGAAGAUGAAGAUUUUGAUGAGGAAUAUGAUGAUGAAGAAAUUAUCUCUGAAGGAAAACAAGUUAUGGAAAUAUUUGAAAAUGAGCAUGGAGUUAAUUUUGAUUAUUUCUUUGCAGUUUCAAUGCCAGACAUUGUGAAAGAUAAGAGAUUUAUAUUAGAUUCUAUAUUGGAAGAAGCUAAAAAUCCAUCAGUUUAUGCCGAUUUGUUAGGAUUGUGGAAUGAUAGAUAUUUUGUAAAGAAAUUAAUGGAAUAUUAUCCUGAUACAUAUGCAAACAUUUCGGAUGAAUUGAAAAAUGAUAAAGAAAUAUUAAAAUGUGCUCUCACUUAUGGCAACAGUGAGGCAUUGAAGUUUGCUAGUGAAGAAUUGAGAAAUGAUAGAGAAAUAGCAGAAUUGUCUAUUCGAAAAACGGGAGGAAGAGCACUAGAAUAUUUAUCAACUAAUCUAAGAGGAGAUGCUGAGCUUGUGUUGAUGGCCUGCCAAAUUGACAAUAACCAACACGAAAAAUCUAGAAAUGAAACAGCAUUGCAUUAUGCCACUGAAUCAUUGAGGAACAAUAGAGAAUUUAUACUGAAAAUAGUACAAAUUAAUGGAGCUUAUCUGGGCCUGGCUAGUAACGAGUUGAAAAAUGAUAGAGAGAUUGUGUUAGAGGCAAUCAGAAACUAUGGUACAGCAUUAUCGUUUGCUCAACAGCUAAGACUCGAUAGAGAUUUUGUGAUAGAAGCUGUUAAGGUGAAUGGAAAAUCGCUUUAUGGAGCUGGAAUUAGAUUUCUAGAAGAUAGAGAGGUUGUGCUGACUGCUGUUAAUCAAAAUGGACUUUCACUCCAGUAUGCCAGUUAUAAUUUGACCAAUGAUAGAGAAGUUGUACUUUGUGCUGUUAGACAGCAAGGUCUUGCAAUUCGGUUUGCCUCUAAAACAUUGGAAAAUGAUUCUGAGGUUGUUGGGGAAGCUGUCAAACAAAAUGAAUAUGCUGUCAUGUAUCAAAAGAAUGAUUAA